AAAUAUUUAGUUAAUAAUAAACCAGCAAAACGGAACAGUCGCUUAAUUUAAAAUAAAAACGAUGUUGGCAACUCUGCUCCCAAACUGCACACGUUUUCAUCUGUUUUUUCUGCGACUCCAGUAGAACUGCAUAUUUAUCCUUGCGAACACCUGCGAAAAUGCCCGAGGCUGAAAAUCAGAACGAUGCCAGUGCCCCCGCCGGAGCCGGCGGUGAUCCCCCCAAGACUGCAAAGCAGCUGGAGAAGGAGCGUCUAAAGGCCGAGAAGCUGGCCAAGCUUCAGGCCAAACUGGACAAGAAGGCGGCGGCUGCUCCAGUAGCGGGCGACAAGAAGGAGAAGCCCGAGAAGCGCACCAAGGAGGUGAAGGAGGCUGCCGUUUACACGGCCCAAACGGCGCCUGGAGAAAAGAAGGAUCUGAGUGGCGCCCUGCCAGAUGCCUACAGUCCUCGCUACGUGGAGGCCCAGUGGUACAGCUGGUGGGAGAAGGAGGGCUUCUUCACGCCCGAGUAUGGGCGCGCAUCGAUUGACGCCCCCAAUCCUAAUGGCAAGUUUGUGAUGAUCAUUCCGCCGCCAAAUGUUACGGGAUCCCUCCACUUGGGCCAUGCCCUGACUAACUCCAUCGAAGACGCCAUCACGCGAUACCACCGCAUGAAGGGAAGAACCACCCUGUGGGUGCCUGGCUGCGAUCAUGCCGGAAUCGCCACUCAGGUGGUGGUGGAAAAGCUGUUGUGGCGCGACGAGAAGCUCUCGCGGCACGAUCUUGGCCGUGAAAAGUUUAUUGAGCGUAUCUGGGAUUGGCGCCGGGAGAAGGGCGGCCGUAUCUACGAUCAGCUCAGGAGCCUGGGCUCCUCCUACGACUGGUCGCGAGUAGCCUUCACUAUGGACCCCAAGCUCUGCCGCGCCGUUACCGAGGCCUUCGUCCGCUUGCACGAGGAGGGCAGCAUCUACCGCAGCUCUCGGCUGGUCAACUGGUCGUGCACCCUUCGUUCUGCCAUAUCGGACAUCGAGGUGGACAAGGUUGAGAUCCCUGGCCGCACCUUCCUCUCCAUUCCUGGCUACGAGGAAAAGGUGGAGUUCGGCGUGCUGAUCAAGUUCGCCUACAAGGUGGAGGACAGUGACGAGGAGAUAGUUGUGGCCACCACCCGUAUCGAGACCAUGCUGGGCGAUACUGCCGUGGCAGUGCAUCCAAAGGACGAGCGAUACAAGCACCUGCAUGGCAAGUUCGUCGUGCAUCCGUUCUCCACACGCCGCCUGCCCAUCGUGUGUGACGAAUUCGUUGAAAUGGAAUUCGGUACGGGUGCUGUGAAGAUCACGCCUGCCCACGACCCGAACGAUUAUGAAGUUGGCAAGCGCUGCAAUCUGCCCUUCAUCACCAUCUUCAACGACGACGGCUUUAUUAUCGGCGACUACGGUGAGUUCACAGGCAUGAAGAGAUUCGAGUGCCGCAAGAAGAUCCUGGAGAAAUUGAAGUCCCUGAAUCUAUACCGUGAGACUCUGAACAACCCGAUGGUGGUGCCCAUCUGUAGCCGCUCCAAGGACGUUGUGGAGCCGUUGAUUAAGCCCCAGUGGUAUGUCAGCUGCUCGGACAUGGCUGCUUCAGCCACCGAGGCCGUGCGCUCCGGCACUCUUAAGAUCAUCCCGGAGCACCACACCAAGACCUGGUACCACUGGAUGGACGGAAUCCGUGACUGGUGCGUGUCGAGGCAGUUGUGGUGGGGCCACCGAAUUCCGGCCUACCAUGUCAGCUUCAGCGACCCCACAAUCCAAACAGGAUCGAAUGAUGAUGAGCAGUACUGGAUUGUGGCGCGCACCGAGGAGGAGGCUCUGAACAAGGCAGCUGAACGGUUUGGAGUGGACGCCAGCAAGAUCCUUCUGAAGCAAGACGAGGAUGUCCUGGACACGUGGUUCAGCUCGGGCAUCUUUCCCUUCUCCGUGUUUGGCUGGCCAGACCAAACCAAGGAUCUUGAGACGUUCUAUCCUACAUCGCUGCUGGAGACGGGCCAUGACAUUCUCUUCUUCUGGGUGGCUCGCAUGGUAUUCUUUGGCCAGAAGCUGCUGGGCAAGCUGCCGUUCAAGGAGGUCUACCUGCACCCAAUGGUGAGGGACGCGCAUGGUCGCAAAAUGUCCAAGUCCCUGGGCAAUGUUAUCGAUCCAAUGGACGUGAUUUGUGGCAUCACCUUGGAGGGGCUUAAUGCCCAACUUGUAGGCUCCAACCUGGAUCCCCGCGAGAUCGAAAAGGCCAAGGCUGGUCAAAAGCAGGACUAUCCACAGGGUAUUCCUGAGUGCGGUUCAGAUGCCCUGCGCUUCGCCCUUUGCGCCUAUAUCACACAGGCGCGCGACAUCAACCUGGACAUUAACCGCGUGCAGGGAUACCGCUUCUUCUGCAACAAGCUAUGGAACGCCACCAAGUUCGCCCUGCUCUACUUCACCGGGUCAGAGAAGUUCGACACGGAACUCAGCGCGUCUGAUGCGAUCAACCAGAUAGACGCCUGGAUCCUCUCGCGUCUGGCAUCUGCCAUCGAGACCUGCAACAACGGCUUCGAGUCCUACGAUUUUGCUGCCGCCACCAGCGCGUGCUACGCAUUCUGGCUCUACGACCUGUGCGACGUGUACUUGGAAUGCCUGAAGCCGAUCUUCCAGAGCGGCAGCGAGGAACAGCAGACCGCCGCCAGGCGCACCCUUUACGUAUGCCUCGACUUUGGUCUGCGUCUGCUCUCUCCAUUUAUGCCCUUCAUCACGGAGGAGCUCUACCAGCGGUUGCCGAGGGCCAAUCCCGCGCCCAGCAUUUGUGUGGCCAGUUAUCCCAGCAAUGUGUCUUGGCGUAGUGCGAAAAUAGAGUCGGACGUUGAAUUCGUUCAGAAGGCUGCGCGCAUCAUUCGCUCCGCUCGCUCCGACUACAAUCUGCCCAACAAGGUUAAGACCGAGGUGUACAUCGUAUGCACGGAUGAAGUGCCCACUGAAAUACUCAAGCGCUACGCCGGUGAUCUGGCCACCAUCUCAUACUGCUCCAAGGUGGUGUUCGACAGCCCCGCACCACCUGGAUGCACCAUUCUGACGGUGACUGGCCAGUGCGAGGUGCAUCUGCUGCUCAAGGGCCUCGUGGAGGCGGACAAGGAGAUCGCCAAGCUGCAGAAGAAGAGUGACCAGCUGGUGCAGACAGUGGGCAAGCUGACCCAGGCCAUCCAGGCCGCCGACUACGCCACCAAAGUGCCCGCCGAGGUGCAGGAAGCCAACGAGACGAAGCUAUCUGAAUCGCAGGCAGAGAUUGUGCGCAUCGCUGCCGCCGUUGAGACACUCAAACUGAUGUGAACAGGGAACGGUAGCAACAGCUAUUCAGGAACACUGGUGAUUGAUAUUUCAGCACGCUUGCCUCGCCAGCUGCUGGGCUUUACUUAAAUAUAUUCGUAUACUACACGCUUCACUCGUAAAAACAGUUUAUGCAUUUCGAACAGAUUAUAUGUCUCAAAGAUGGUUUUUUUUAAUUUAUUACGUCCCACAUAUGAAAUUUUCCCCAAUAUAAAUAAAUAGAAAAAUAACAUUUGCUAAA